UUUUUUUAUUUUCUCCAUUUUAUCCAUCGCUUUCAACUCAAUUAACACCCUUGCCACUCCCUCUCUCACACUUUCUCUCUCCUCUCUCAUCUUCAAAACUCUCUCUUUCUUAAUUGCAGCUCAUUCAAACUCCUGCAGUUUCUUGAGUUGAGAGCAUUCAAAUUCAAAAAUACUCGCGAUCUUCAAACAAAUAUUGAUUUUUCAGAAGCUUCGUGUAAUUUAGUCAAGUGAUUCAGUUAAUUGCUCAUCAAAAGUCUCUGGAGAAACGCUCUCUGAUUAAUCCAGCUGAUUGAACUGCGGCAUUUUAAGCGUUUCAGCUUUGUUGCAGAUCUCUGCUUUUGAUAACCAGUUUGUGGAGAUUUGAGGUUGCAGUUUUUUAGUUUGAUUGGUGUAUUUUGGUAGGAUUGAUGACAAAUUAGGGCUUUUUGAAGGUAGUUUAGUGGUUGAGCAUUAUAGAUUGACCUAGGGUUUUUGAGAAGGUGAAUUUUUGCGAUGAAUCGGAGCUUUAGAGGUCCGGAAACGCUAAUGCCGUCGAUUAGGUCUAGGGUUCCGCAGCUGAAGAGUCUCCAUUCUUCAACGACGACGAGAGAGAAAGAAGACGACCUCGCAUUGUUCCUUGAAAUGCGAAAGCGUGAGAAGGAGAAAAACGAUCUUCUCCUACUUCAAGACUCUGAUGAAUUAGAUGAAUCUUUAGUGUCACAACCUGGAAGUUCUCCGUUGUUCAAUAUUCCAUCCGCCACUCAGGCGAGGAAGACCGGUCCUGAUGAAUUUUUGAAUUCAGAUGGCGAUAAGAAUGAUUAUGACUGGCUUCUGACCCCUCCUGGUACACCCCUCUUCCCUUCAUUAGAGAUGGAAUCAAGGAAAGCCUACAUGAAUGAAACAGAUGCUCCGAAAGCUCAACCAACUGCACUGAGAUCAAGAUUGGCAAACUCCCAGACAGAGACCACAGUGAGAAGCAGCUUGAUGCCAAGGCAGCAGAAUUCAUCCACUGGGUUGAACUCUUCGGUAUUAGGGAUGCGGAGACCUUCCUCAUCAGGGGGUCCAGGGUCAAGGCCUCCUUCAUCAGGGGGUACAGGGUCCAGGCCCCCCUCAUCAGGGGGUCCAGGUUCAAGACCAGUGACACCUGGAGGUGGAUCUAGGCCUGCAACGCCAACUGGUCGGCCUACAGUGACGUCUUCUAAGCCUUCACGGUCUUCUACACCAACUUCUCGGGGCACACUUUCUUCUUCCAAGCCCACACUUCACUCGUCACCCAAACCCUCUGCUUCGUUGACAUCAACUCGAUCCACAACUUCUGUGCCAUCUACCAGGUCUGCAGGUCCUUCAAGGUCCUCGACCCCAACAAGAUCCACAAGAACUUCAGCUCCAUCAGCUGGGCCAUCGAGAUCUUCAACCCCUACUAGGCCCACAGCUAGAGCAGCAACCCCAACUAGGUCUACUGCUAGAUCUUCGACCCCAACAGCUCGGCCCACAGCUCCUACUUCCCGACCCACAUCCAGGGCAUCAACUCCAACUCGCCGGACGUCAACACCGUCGAGUGUUUCCAGUGUCACUGCAUCUCUUAACAAGUCAUCUUCUUCGAUUAGUAGUAAAUCGGUGGGUUCAGCACCGCCUAGGAAUCCUGUGCCUUCACGCGGCGCAUCUCCAACUGUAAGAUCUCGUCCAUGGAAUCCAUCUGAGAUGCCCGGUUUUUCUUUAGAUGCUCCGCCAAAUCUGAGGACCACUCUCCCUGAUAGACCCCUUUCAGCUUCACGGGGUAGACCUGCCGCCCCCUCUGCACGUUCUGCUUCUAUGGAGCCUGUGAGUAAUGGAAGAGCGGGCAGACGUCAGUCUUGUUCUCCUUCUAGAGGGCGGGCCCCUAAUGGUGGCAUUCACUCUAGUGGAAGUUCUGUGCCUGCAGUGAAUCGAGGACAUUCCAAAGUAAGUGAUGAUGUGAGUCCGGUAGUUAUUGGAACAAAGAUGGUUGAGAGGGUGAUUAAUAUGAGGAAAUUGGCACCACCAAGACAGGACGACAAACAUUCGCCUGGCUUGUCUGGAAAGUCAGCCUCAUCACCUGAUAGCACUGGCUUUGGACGGACACUUUCUAAGAAGUCUUUGGAUAUGGCUAUACGGCAUAUGGAUAUAAGGCGAAGUAUCCCUGGUAACUUACGGCCAUUGAUGACGAAAAUUCCAGCUUCGUCCAUGUACAGUGUGAGAUCAGGGCCUCCAGGAAGCAGGACUGCUAGUGUUUCUGAUUCACCCCUUGCUACAAGCAGCAAUGCCAGUUCUGAGUUUAGUGUUAAUAACCAUGCUGGGCAUGGUAGUGAAUUGGAAGACGAUCUCAUCAGCGAUCGGGUUUGUCAUGCUUCGCCUACCAUUGCAUAUGAUAGGUGACAAAAACUUCAAAUGCAUUUCCUUGUUUGUCGGUUUUGGAUUUUAUCAGCAAUCUGGGGAAUUCGGGAACAAAUUAGUUUCUUCACGGAGUUUUGCAGGCUGUUAUGGUAUAUUGGUGUAUGUGUAAAGUUAACAAGCAUCUGCAGAAAAUUAAAAUUUAUAUUAUUAACAGCCCUUGUACUAUUAGAACUUAUUAGCUGAAUUAUCCUUGUAGCUGACUUUUCGGAAAUCUCCCCCAACUACUACUGAUAUAUUGGUAUGCUAACUAUGAAUGAAGAUCAUUGAUUCACCUCAAAA